GGGUGGCCGCCGCCGCUGUAGUUGCUGCGCUAAGGCCCUGGGAAAGCUCCAGGUCCGUGCGCUUGGCCUGCAGGUGCGGGUCAUGGCACGGCUCCCGAAGCUCGCAGUCUUUGAUCUGGAUUAUACGCUUUGGCCUUUCUGGGUUGACACGCACGUGGACCCUCCGUUCCACAAGAGCAGUGAUGGAACUGUGCGAGAUAGGCGGGGCCAGGACGUCCGACUGUACCCAGAGGUGCGAGAAGUCCUGGGACGAUUGCAGGGCCUUGGGGUACCCAGUGCGGCCGCUUCACGGACAGGUGAGAUAGAAGGGGCCAACCAGCUGCUGGAGCUCUUUGACCUUGUCAGAUACUUUGUUCAUUGGGAAAUCUAUCCAGGCAGCAAGGUCACACACUUUGAGAGGUGUUACCUGCAUUCACGUCCAGAAUGGAAUGAGUCUUCAAACUCUAACUCAAGGGUUAGAGACAUUUGCAAAGGCCCAAAGUGGGUCUUGAGGUCCAGCCCUGUGGAUGAGCCUCAUUUGAGGCCUAAAAGGGAAAGGAAAUCAACAAGGCAUAUUCAGACUUUACCCCAAUACACAGGUUGGACAUGGAUAAAUGGAUUUCCAAUGGAUGCAAGACAAAGGCAGAGCCAUAGAAAUAAUAACAACCCACAUUUUGAUCAAGGAGUUUGUGGUGCAAAUGUCUGACUAAGUCUCUUGCAGGAAGACCCCCUCCCCUUGUCUCCGCCCAUCUAGCACACCAUCUGAGGGCAUGAGAUGCUAAUGUCUGACGGCCUCAGGAUCUAAGUCUCAUGUGCUACAAUCAAUAUAAAAGGCCGGCAGCCCUGGACACUCCUCCAGGCAAAACCGCCCUUAACCCAAAGGCCCUUAAAUAUACCCAUUUCUUGGCCCUUCGAGGCCACACUUGUCUCUGAGUGUUGACCCCCUUUCCAAUCUGUGAAAGGUGAAUAAUAAACUGUACUUUUACUUUC